CCAAUCUCGAGGCGUGGUGUAUAAGGUGGGCGUGACUCCGAGUAGCCUGUGCUAGCUAGUGCUAGAGGAAAAUCCAUCCUGGGAAUAUUUGCAAAACGAAACCAAAUUGAUUGAUCAAAACAAGUACGGGACACAACGUUGUCGCAGGAGGUUUACCUGCAUCCCUAAAAAGACCCAAUGGCUACCGACAUGCCCAAGGACACGGUGCCGGCUCCGUAUCCCGCCCCAGCCGCACCCCCUGACACCGCCCCAGCUCCCAAUCACGGGGCUUGUGCCGCCCAAGACCAGAUUCCCAUCGAGGUGCCGGCCGGAGCUGAAAUCCAAGACACAGCGAUGGCCCCAGAGCCUGAUGGUCCCCCAGAUCUCACCCCCGCAUUUCAUGCAGACGCUGACCCAGUCCUUGUUCCAGGCAAUGAGCAUGCCCAUGUCCCACUGCUGCCAGUCAGCGCUAUGAACGCCAGCUGCAAGAUUAUGACCUUCCGGCCCACCGUAGAGGAGUUCAAAGACUUCGCAAAAUACAUAGUCUACAUGGAGACUCAAGGAGCUCACCGUGCUGGCCUGGCUAAGGUGAUUCCCCCGGAGGGCUGGAAGCCACGGAGAUCCUACGACACCAUCGACGACAUGGUCAUUCCAGCUCCCAUCAUGCAGGUGGUAACCGGGCAGUCGGGUCUAUUCACCCAGUACAACAUUCAGAAAAAGUCUAUGACGGUGAACGAUUACCGAAAAUUGGCCAACAGCAAGAAGUACUGCACACCCCGGCACAAAGACUUUGACGACCUAGAGAGGAAGUACUGGAAGAACCUGACAUUUGUGUCGCCCAUUUAUGGUGCUGAUGUCAGUGGCUCAAUCUAUGAUGAGGACAUUCAAGAGUGGAACAUUGGCCAUCUCAACACACUGCUGGAUAUGGUGGAGCAGGAGUGCGGCAUCGUCAUUGAGGGUGUCAACACUCCCUACCUCUACUUUGGCAUGUGGAAGACCACAUUUGCCUGGCACACCGAGGACAUGGACCUCUACAGCAUCAACUACCUGCACUUUGGACAGUCAAAGUCCUGGUAUUCUGUCCCACCAGAACAUGGCAAGAGGCUGGAGAGGCUGGCAAAAGGCUUCUUCCCUGGCAGCUCCCAAGGCUGUGACGCCUUCCUCCGCCACAAGAUGACGCUGAUAUCUCCUUCCAUUCUGAAGAAAUAUGGCAUUCCCUUUGACAGGAUUACUCAAAAUGAAGGGGAGUUUAUGGUGACCUUUCCCUAUGGCUACCAUGCUGGCUUCAACCAUGGCUUCAACUGCGCAGAGUCCACUAACUUUGCCACCCUGCGCUGGGUCGACUACGGCAAAAUGGCUACCCAGUGUACCUGUCGCAAAGACAUGGUGAAGAUUUCCAUGGACGUGUUUGUGCGCUGCCUGCAGCCGGAUCGCUACGAGCUGUGGAAGCAGGGCAAAGACAGCACUGUGUUGGACCACCUUAAGGCCACUGGGCUCAGCUGCCCCGAACUAGAGCGCUGGCGGGAGCAUCGUGUGAACCACAGAGCAAAUGUCCUGAGAAGGGCCCUGCAGAAGAUGAAGCAAGUUCGUCGACUAAAGCUAGAGGAGGUGAAGGUGCUUGCGCAGGAAGGCAUUGAGUUAAAUGCCGCCGAGUACCAACGUCAGGUGGAGCAGCGUGAGGCCCAACGGAGGCAAGAGCGAGAAGAGCGUCUAGCCAAGGAGGCCAUAAUGACUCUGGAGGCCAUGGAGCGAGAGGAGCAGGAGGCUGCCAAGGCUGCUGCCAGAGUCGCAGAAGCUCCAGCUGCACAGGAAUCUGAGGCCAAACCACAGAGCCCGUCGGAGGACGCAGAGAAAAAGAAGCAGAAAAAGUCAAAGAAAUUGUCAAAUAUCUACAGCAACAUAAGUGGGUACGAGGAAGUCUUGGAGCAGUUUGCCACAACCAGCACCAAGGCUUUAACGAACACCGCGGUCAGUCAACGAGCGGAGGGGAACCUUCUUACUCCAAGACAGAGUGAUCUCCCAUUAGACAACAAGCUCGAUGUGAUUGCCGCCCAGGCAUGCUUCUCCAAGGUAAAAAUGCCAACUGAGGUCAAAAAGAGUCGGCGUCACCCCCUCAGCAAGCCCCCCAUGCGCUCCCCCCUGUCCAUUCUCAAGCAAGACCCCACCAGUGACAAAGAGCUGUCCUCCCCCAUGCCCCUGGACAGUGACAUGAAAAAACAGGAGCACCUGUGGCAGAAUCACUCGCCCAACUUCCUGGCGGAAAAGGCCUUUAAUGCCGCUGUGGCAGCUCUCCAACCCCACUGCGCUGUCUGUUCACUCUUCUGUCCCUACACAAAGCCUCACAAGGACAUUUUUGUCGUAAAUGAAACCAAGCGUGGCUCCCUUCCCCGCCUGACUCGUCCCCUGGUCCCAGAGAUGUGCUUCAGCGUUGCAGGCAACACUGAGCCUCCACCCACCAACUAUCACAUUGGGGAGGAUGGAACUAGUCCGCUCCUCUGCUGUUCGUCGUGCCACAUGCAGGUUCAUGCAAGCUGUUACGGUGUGAAGCCAGACUCUGUCAGUGAUUCCUGGAUGUGCUCCAGAUGUGCAGGAGGAGCCUGGACAGUGGAGUGUUGUCUCUGCAACUUGCGGGGAGGAGCUUUGAAGACAACCACGGACAACCGAUGGGUGCACGUCAUCUGUGCCAUCGCUGUAGCUGAAGCUCGCUUCGUCAACGCCAUUGAGAGGGAGCCCGUGGAUGUCAGUGCCGUUCCGGAUACGCGCAAGAAUCUGAAGUGUGUGUUCUGCCAUGGAAAGACUGCCAAUCAGAACCGCGGCGCCUGCAUCCAGUGCUCACACGACAACUGUGCCACGUCCUUCCACGUCACCUGCGCCCAAAUCGCUGGAGUUGUCAUGACACCGGCCGACUGGCCGUACGUGGUGUCAGUCACCUGUCAAAAGCAUAAAAGCAAAAGGGUCUCCUCCAAGCCGAAGACGACAUCCAAAGGCCCGCAGAGUCUGAACCUGAGCCAGAGGGUGAUUGGGCGCAACAGUGACGGCUGGUACUACCACUGUACCAUCAUCGGCAUGGCAACGCAGACCUACUACGAGGUCAACUUUGACGAUGGCUCGUAUUGUGACAACCUGCACCCAGAGAAUAUCUUGAGUCACGACUGCUUGCGUACCGGUCCUCCUGAGGUGGGGGAGUUGAUUGUGGUCAGCACAGCCGAGGGCCAGGUUGUCAAUGCUUCCUUUGUCCGACAGCACACCCACAAAUUCUACCAGGUUGAGUUUCAGGACCAGAGCCAGUUGAUACUGAAACACUCAGAGAUACAUCAGCUGGAACAGGAUCUGCCAAAGAGGGUCAGAGCCAGACUGGCCAUCCCUGUGCCACUGGAGGAGGUCUCAUCAGCAGAUGAAGCCCAAGCAGCAAAACGCCGGCGGCUGCCCUCAGACUCUGCCCCAGUGGCUGGGACCUCCAUGGGGAUGUCAAAUCAACCUGCCUGCGCCCUUACCACAGCGCCAGUAGGAGCUCUCGCAGCAGAAGAUCACAGUAUUCAUACACUGGCGAACUCACAUCCUCCGGCCCAGCCCAGCAUUACCCCGCAUGGCGCCGCCAGCCCACCCAAUGGUAUUCAGAUGGACGCCGAGACGCCAAUGGACAUGAGCGUCGCCCUCACCGAUGCUCUAACAGAGUCAUCCCUGGCCUCGGACCCCACGCCGACACCACAGUCGACCCCCUUUUCAGUUGACGUUUCCUACAUGGAGAGCCUCUUCCAUUCACAUUUCACUCAGGACAGUAGUCAAGGACCCCUGUAUUAACAAGUGACUCCACUAUACUGCUACUCGGCUAGUGGAGGCUGACCCGUUAGGAAGCAGGCGGAUUCUACUGAGUGCCGGAUUAAAGGACAAAACAUUUACUCCACUGACUCAGAGUACAAGGCACACGAGCACUCUUUAAUGCAUGUUAGUUUUCUAAUUUUGAGUUAAUGUAUUUGCAUUGGUGCUUUAGGUUGCUCUGAAGCAGCAGCUAAAGAAUUUGUUUUUUCAUUUGAAUAUUUGUAUUAUUAUUAUUAAUAGUUUCUUUGGCCUUGUAGGGUUUUUCCUCUUUUGGUCAGCUGCUGUGCUUUUCUGCUCCAUCAUAAUAUGAAUACGUCUCCGGAUGGUAUCAACUCCAUACCUCGUUGCAUUAACUCAGUAACAGCACACUCUCAUUUUAUUUUGACCAGGAAGCUAAUUACUGCAACAACCUCUCAGCACCGAGGCUCCUUGUGGACUGAGCUUUUUUUCUUU